AUGGCCCCAGGUCUCAUCUCUUCCCUGCCACAAGGCGAGCUGUGGGAGUGUCAUGGGAACGUACCUCAUGACGGACGGAUGUCCACAUCAAGCACAGCGGCAUCGUCAAGUCAGGCAUCUCCAUCAUUGCACGCUGUGGAUGUUGAUACCCGCGGCGCUAAUGGGUCUUUGCCGCCAGGCACCGAUACCAAGGCAGCACAAAGCGCGGAUAUCACAAAGCUCCUCGAGUCCCAGCAGGAACUGAACCAGAUCAUCGCCAUUUCGACAGAGAAGAAGCGCCUUCUCGACGAAUUGCUCAAGACAUGGCCUGCUGCGAGAACUUCUGUCCAUGUAACUGCCCCCAUCAUCAAAGAGGUGCGGUUCUCGGACCGUGCCCCGACUGUGCUCCAGCGCAGCACCUCGGCCCGCCACACAUCAUGGACCGAUGGCACAUCUCAACGGGAGAAAUCGUAUCCACCGCGCGAAAGGAUCCUCUCGAUACAGGACGAGAGAUGGGGAACCCUAUUCACACCGCAGGGCAAGGCAACUGUGAGAAUGAGAAAUGUGCUGCGCGGCCUUGCUAUUCAUGUGAUCGAGGUGUAUAAGCCAAACUACUCUCUGGUCGUGACACCAGAGAAGCUCUACAAAUUCUAUACCAAGUAUGGACUCGACAGAGAAGCUGUAGACUUUGAACGAAUCUUCAGCCUCACCUCCCCCAGGGCCAUGUCCAGACUGGAAAAGCUCUACUUGAGCCUGCAGUGCGACUUCCACCUUGUACAAGCCAGCUCCCCCGGCCCCAAGAAGUGGCCAUGCAUCCCCGCCCUCACCCCAGAAGGCUUCGUGCAGUGGAACGUCAUGCUCAUCCGCGCCUUUCCCGACCAGGAAGCCGCCAGGCUUGGUCGCAUCUUUGCAGAUAUUGCUCUCGAGGCUGCUCCCGAGGACCCGUCCGUCGAGUACAGCAGCGAGCAGCAGCGUGGCGGCGCCAGGCUGCCGCGGCAAAUCUCGCGUCAUCUGCUCCCCGCCGAGGCAAAUCUAGACGAGGUGCACCUCGUUACGAGCGCGAUUCGUGACUGGAGGCACGCCACCAGCCCGGACAGCAGGCCGUCUGCGCCGGCGCGCGCCGCCACCGGCUCAGGGGGCCAGAACCAGCCGCCGCUGAUCCACUCGGACUCGCGCAGCAGACAGGAGCACCUGCAUCGCUGCCGGCGCGACUACGAGAACGAGGUGGCAGAGAUUGUGGUGCCGCAUGGCACCAGCACCAGCAGCAGCAAGAGAAGGGAGGAGCGCGACGGCCGGUCAUACACGCGGUACGUGAAGCUGCAUAAUGCGAGGCCAGAGAGCCCGCGACGGGGAUCCAAGAGAUAUGUUGUCCGACGGGAUGGCAAGGAGUCGGAGCGGGAACGGGAGCGGGAGCGGGAGCGGGAGCGGCGCCGUGGAGAUCGCAGAUGGAGCGACGAGGGCGGCGAGGAGUCGCGUUAUAGACGGCGCGAGGGAAGAACAUCUCGUGCCUGA